GAAGGUAAAAGGAACAGAACUCUGAGCAGGACUUCCGGAGCCUCGGCUGCUGCAGAGUGACAGCUCACCGGACCAAAGACAGUCUGAGCGGCUCUGAAGGGAGCGCCUCCUCCACAGGCGGGAUAUCCGCAGUACUUACCUAGCUAAUAACAUGGCGAAGACUUACGAUUACUUGUUUAAACUACUUUUAAUCGGUGAUUCCGGUGUCGGGAAGACGUGUGUCCUUUUCAGAUUUUCAGAGGAUGCAUUUAAUUCAACCUUUAUCUCUACUAUAGGUAUUGACUUCAAGAUUAGAACAAUAGAACUAGACGGCAAGAAGAUUAAGCUUCAGAUAUGGGAUACUGCCGGGCAGGAGAGGUUCAGGACUAUCACAACUGCAUACUACAGAGGAGCCAUGGGUAUCAUGUUAGUGUACGACAUAACUAAUGAGAAGUCCUUUGACAACAUCAAGAACUGGAUACGAAAUAUAGAAGAGCAUGCCUCAGCUGAUGUGGAAAGAAUGGUCCUUGGGAACAAAUGCGACGUUAAUGACAAACGACAAGUGUCCAAAGAAAGAGGGGAACGGUUGGCUUUGGAGUAUGGGAUCAAAUUCAUGGAGACAAGUGCAAAGGCAAACAUCAAUGUUGAGAAUGCAUUUUUAACACUCGCCAGAGACAUCAAAGCAAAAAUGGACAAGAAGUUGGAGGGUAAUAACCCACAAGGAAGCAAUCAAGGAGUCAAAAUUACUGAACAGCCCAAAAAGAGCAGUUUUUUCCGCUGCACGUUGCUGUGAGAGGACUGAGAAUUCGGCAUCACCAUCGCCUUAACUGUGCCCCCCUCUGGACAGAACUGGACUCUGCACCCUUAUCUCUGCCUGUCUUCCUCCUUCUCAACAGUUUGUCCAUUGACUGAGCUGCUUUUGUAUACUUCACCUCUACCCCAACACUUGCCAUUCUGACUUUAUUUUAUAUCUGAAGCAACAUCUUUUCAUGUUAGAUAAAAACAAUCCAAAUGUAUUCCCUUGAUUUUAUUGGCAUUCAAAGUUUGCACAAUUGCAAGUAUCUUUGUGGUCUUUAACCUCAUAAUAUUAUCCUAGUGUGCAUUGUGAAACAAAAUAGACUUUCAAAUUUUAAUAUAUCUGAUGUUCUGGCUAAAGGCUCUUCCAUCAUAUUUUAGUGCAAGUGUCUUUGAAUUAAUACCCAAACUUUUAAACAGUCUUACUGAUUAGUGCCAGCAAGUUUUAUUUACACAUUCAUCAUUCCACUGAACGCAUGAUUAAUUUUAAAGUGCAAUGAAUGCACAGUCCACUUUUUCUUGCAGAAAUUCCUAUGUUAGUUGCUUUGUAGACCAUUUUGCAAUAGUUUGUUGAAGCAAAAAUUAAUGCACCUGAGCUGUUGGCAUUGCAGUAACCUCAGGCAGCAAUGGUGUAUCACAAAAUCUCCAAGGAGCAGCCACUGUGUCUUUUUAUGCAUUUCUUUGUCUUUUAUUUCCACUGGGGGAACAUGCACACAUUGGUUUCUGGGCCUUGGACAGGGGCUGUGUUGUAGCAGUAUUUAUGGAGACAGAAGACACAUAGCACCAAAAUGACAAAGUGCCCUUUUAUGUUAUUAUUAAUUAUAUGCACUUUUUCUUGUGGUCUUUCUGUACAAAGUUUUUGCGUUUAUUUCAGAGGAAUUCUUAAACUAUGUUGACCAUGUUUAUUGAUCGUCUUAAUUGAAACAAAGAAUAUUUGACCACAUGUACCUCAUCUGGUCUUCCCAAAGACAUCAGAGCAUUGUGUUCAAUGAAGAUAACUGUAAUUAUGUUGUUUGCUUUUUCAGCCUUAUCAUUUUUAAUCAUUUGUAUUUCACAUUUCCAGGUUUUUAUAAAUACGCUGUUGAUGUUUUUGGAAAUCCCAGAUGCUUCUCCUCUUAAUUCCGUCUCAGUUUUCCUCUUGUUUGUGUCUUGUUUUGGCCCAGUAUUAUGGCCUUUUGAACUAUGCAGUCUGGGUGCUUGGAAAGCCUGACUUGACAAGCUUUAUCUGAGAUUACUAUAGACCCCUGUUAUUGUAUUAAUUCUUACUUGCUAUUACUCCAAAUUUAAUAUUUUACUGCUGCUGUGCUUUUGAAGAAAUAGGAAUGCAAAUCACCUCAGAUUCUUGACAGUUCAUGUAAUUCAAUGUGGUGCUUACGAGCCACUGAAUCCAGUCUGGCUGUGCAAACUUUAACCUGUGGAUUUAGUCUAAAAUCUUUUGUGACAAAUUGGCACAACACAAUCACCAUGGCACAAAUAGAAAUACUGUCAAAUUAAAAUAUUUUUGUGCCUUUUUUUUAUACUGCCUAAUUUGAUCUGGCAGAGUUUUUAUUUACCGUUAAUUCCCAUUAUAAAAUCUACCGUUGACAUAUCUUCUGGGCUUUUCUUAAGUUCCCUGCUUCAAAUUGUUUAUUUUAUUUUAUAGGGGAAGAAACAAUUCAGCAAUUGUAAAUAAGAUCUACAAUGAUUGUACUGUAGUUUCAUAAAUCUUAUUGAUCUACACUUUUGUAGAUGUGUUUACUUUUCAUGAUGAAUUAAAAUGAGAUUCCUAAAA